AUGUCAUGGCAGGACUGUGUUUCCAGCAAUAACCAGGACAGAAGAUUAAGAAAAAGUACUGCAGACAGAGCAGCAACAGUUAAGCAGAGUGAUUCAUUGGAGCCAUCUGAAAGUGUGCCCACCAAGCUUCAAAGCACCGACAGAAGGCAAAGCAGCAUCAUGUUUGCUAUGAAAGAUCAGCAGAAAGGUGAAGAAAUUAAUUCCAUCAAGCUCCAUAAACGCAGGAGGAGGUUUAUCAUUAAAAAGAGCCCAAUUCUGAUUUCCAUGAACAGCUCCAUUCUCAACCUGCCCACGCUCAAAUACGAGGACAGGAACAACAGCAAGUGGAAAAGUCUCUAUCAGAUCCAAGGAGAAAGGAAGCGGAUUAUGAGGGAAACUUGCUCAAAAUACAAGAGUAACAACAGAAGAAUAAUCACUCCUUAUCACGUGUCUAGGAUAUUUGUAGAGGAUAAAUACAGGGUUCUGUACUGUGAGGUGCCAAAAGCUGGCUGCUCUAACUGGAAGCGGGUGCUGAUGGUGCUGAACGGGCUGGCCUCCUCCACAAAGGACAUCCAGCACAACACCGUGCACUACGGAAACUACCUGAAAAGGCUGGAUGGCUUUGACCACAAGGGGAUCUACCACAGGCUCAGCACUUACACAAAAAUGCUGUUUAUUCGUGAGCCCUUUGAAAAGCUGGUGUCUGCAUUUCGGGACAAGUUUGAACAUCCCAACAACUACUACCACCCGGUCUUUGGGAAAGCCAUCAUUUCCAGGUACCGUGUCAAUGCCACCAAAGAAGCUCUAAGGACAGGCUCUGGAGUCAAGUUUAAAGAGUUCAUUCAGUAUCUGCUGGAUGUACACAGGCCAGUGGGGAUGGAUAUUCACUGGGAUCAUGUCAACAGGCUGUGCAGCCCGUGUUUAAUAGACUACGACUUCGUUGGGAAAUUUGAAAGUAUGGAAGAAGAUGCAAACUUUUUCUUGCACUUAAUUGGUGCUCCACAAAAUUUAACUUUCCCCAAGUUUAAAGAUCGUCACUCCAAUGAAGAAAGAACUACCACUAAAAUUACCCAACAGUAUUUUGCACAGCUUUCUCCUUCUCAACGACAGCAAAGCUAUGACUUUUACUAUAUGGAUUACUUGAUGUUCAACUACUCCAAACCUUUUGAAGAUUUAUAUUAAUUUGAGGGCCUAGAUAUUUCCACAGUCACAUCAGUUGAAUUGUGUGACAAAUUCAGGUGGCAUCUGUUUAUAUGUACUUACCUGCUAGCAAACAAUUGGUUGAAGAGCAGGGAAAAAUGCAAACCAGAAUAUAAACAGAUGUUUACACCUUCACCUUAA